AUGGUAGGCGUCGUAGGUGACACGGGGGUGGUGGACACCCUGGAGGCACGGCUGGAAAACGCGAGGAGGAAGCACGAGGCCAACGAGUAUGGCGACCUGCCGUGGGCGGUCGUCGAGGCUGGCAUCCGUUCCUUGUGGGCGACGGAGCACCCUUCUCGGCCUGCUUCUCCUCGACCGGUGAACACCGAGGGCGGCGUCGACGUGGGCGUCAACGCCGGGGGCGACCAAGUCGGCAGCAGUGCGGGAGGCACGUCGAGGCAGCGUGGUGUGAUUCACGCCGACGAAGUCGGCGGCGUUCAAGGGCGAGGGGUUCGGUCGACGUCGGCUGCGGGCACCUCGCAGGGCGACGUCGGAGGUCGACGAAGCGGGUUGACGCCGAUGUCGGCGUCCCAGGUGACGGCGGGCGGAAUUGCGCCGAGCUACGGCUACUUUAAGUUCACGCCGGAUAGGAUCUCGGUGACUCCCCCGCUGGUCGGUCGACCCGACAUACUCACCUGGAAGGAGGCCAUCGAGCCCCAGCUGGAGAUGGCUGGGCUGAUCAGCUUCGCUCGAGGUACCGUGGCGACGCCGAGCGACCCCGACUUGCGAGCUGAGUUCCGCGCUGUGCAGCUGUUGACCUUCACGGUCAUCUCACGGUGCUGCUCGCCGGGCGUGCAAAUCGCCUUGAAGUGGUGCCGGGAGUACCUCGACGCCGGCCACCAGGCGUGGCACUUCAUUGAGUCGACCUACCAAGUCACCGACGACUUGUUCAUCGCCCAACUGGAGGGGCAGCUGACACACCUGCGUAUGGGCGACCAGGAGACGGCGACCGACUACUGCAACCGGGCCCGGCGAAUUCUCGCCACCAUCAGGAUGGCCGGUGCGGAGUACUCGACGGCGUCGUACAUCACCCAUGUCAUGCAGGGACUUCCGAGCAGCUACAACCUGCUGAAGCGGCUGUCGAUGGCGCCGAGCACGCGGGCGACGCUCAACGAGGACACGUUGACCUCGUACAUCCUGCAGGACGAGGCGAUGCAGGAGGCCGAGCGGUCCCAAGAGCUCUUGGCGCAGGUGAACUACGUCGCCCCGGCGAAGCAAGGCGGUCGACCGGGGCAGCGUGGACAGUCUGGCGGCGGUGGUAGCAGUGGCUCGAAGUCGGCCAAGGAGCCGCUUUAG